AAGAAGCUCAUGAAAUUUGCUAAAGGUGGUGAGAUAGAAAAGAAGAACGUUCCAAAAAUUUUCACGAUAGAAAAUUGGGUAAGUUCAUAUGCUUGUACAUUUAAGCAAAAAGCAACAGAACAGUUAGCAAAAGAUAAUAUUCACCUGUAA